GAGACCAUGCGUCUUUGCUUCAGGUUUAGUUUGUGAACAUUUUCCAAACAUAAGUCAAGAAGGGUUUCAUUUGGGCCAUUUGUAAACUGCUUGAUGGAGAUGACAGGACCGGGUGUUUACAAACUGGACAAUGGAGAAAGUUACCCUUCAAAUUGCUUCCCAAUAAGAUCGUUUUAUCAUCAAAGUAAAGAAGGAGCAGGACACUGGCUUGUAGCACACAGAAAUGCAUUGGAAGAGAGAAUAUUCGAAAAGAAAAGAGUCACAGGAUCACAUAUUAAAGUUUAUUCUGGGAAACGUGAACAGGGAAGACCUGAGUGUGCUAGCACAGUUUUAGAUGCACAGCUUCUGGUUAAAUUGCAUUGUGUGGAAAAGCCCUCUGACCUCUGUUGUGUUAACGUGAGUGAUCAGGGUUUGCAGACAGUCAGACUUGAGGGAUUGGAAGAAUUUAAUAAUAUUGCUUACAUAAAUGCUUCUGAAAACCAUUUAACUUUGGAACCGUUCAGCAGGUUUCCUGCAUUAAGGGAAUUAGAGCUGGCACUAAACGGUCUUCAUACCUUGAAGAUUUGUGCUGAGGAUUUUCAGAGAUUAAAGGUGUUGGAUUUAUCCUUUAAUAGCAUUACAGGUGAAAGUAUAUUGAAUCUAGGCCUGUUACCCCAUCUAAAGAUACUACAUCUAACUGGAAACCAAUUGCAGAUGCUUCCACCUAAUAUGGCUGGGCCUUGUACCUGUCAUAAAGAAACCACACACCAGUGUGACUUCUUGUUUCAAACGCUGGAGGUAUUGAUGCUCGAUGACAACAGAUUAACUUCUCUUGGGCUGUUUGAAAGCCUUGCCAACUUGAAGAGGCUUCAACAUCUAAACCUACAAGGGAAUAUCAUCUCAGGAGUCCCAUUCUUAGAACAGAUGGCACCAUUACAAGAUGCUCAGACAAGCUUUAUACCAAACAGCCCGAAGCAAGGAUCUGGAAGAACUGUGUCUUUCCUGGAUGUCACAAUGAUUGAUGCCUCUGCGACGCUGAAUCAGCAAAAGUCUACCACAGGAACAUCAAAAAGAAAGGAUCCUAGAUGCCCUGAAGAUUUUGGCCUACCUUUUCCAGAACUUUGUCAUCUUAAUCUGGCGAACAAUAAGAUAGCAGAGGAAGAGGCAUUGUUGCCCGUGGCAUUGUUUCCGAAACUCAAAGAGCUUGUUAUUCACUCAAACCCCUUGACAACACAGAGAUGUGGUGACCCACCAAUGUUGACCAGUUUUCUCCAGGACAGGCUGGGUAUUAACAUAAAACGCAAAAAAUCCUCUGAUCGUGUUAAGGAACACAUUAGACCCGCUAUUAAUCCUAAACGCAAGAAAAAUGUCCUUCUAAAUUUUCAGGUAAAAACUGCAUUUCCAAGAAUACCAAAUAUUGCUUUCAUUACGGCAAACCAACAUACAUCAGAAGAGCUCUGUGGAGGAAAAGUUAAUGGAGAUAGUCUUCUAUCACAACAGUCUGGGUCAAACCCUGUUUUUGACUCCUUAUCUCAAACAAGAGUUGAAGAAGAGCAAGACAUCAUCAAAGACCAUGAGUAUUUCGGCAUGACGAGUGCAGGCUUAUCCUAUGAGACACAUCAAAAUGCCGAGCCGUUCUUUGUGACAGAAGUUGAUGGCCUACAUGAAGCAGAUUAUCAAGAACAGGAGGAUAAAAAGAAAAUGUUGACAAAAGACAGACAUGCAUUACCAAAAAAACUUAUUGGUUAUGAAAUCUUACUUGAUGAAACAUGUGCCCCAGAAAUCCCUGAGAUUUCUGGAAUUCAACAUGCCGUUAGGGCUUUGGAGCACACGCUCGAAAAUCUUCUUGUAUUUAGAGAUGCUAAGGCAAAUCUUGACCGUCCCCAGAAGCCGUAUACUGAACGGGAGAAAAAGAUAAAAAAUUUGGCACCAUUAGGACCAAAGAGGUCGAAGGGGGAAAAGGUUGAGGAAAUCCUCAUUCAGAUAAAGGAGAUGAAAACAAUAAGCAAAGUUCCCUUAGGUAAUGUCCUCAGUAGAGGGAACGAUGCAUGUGAGAAAGAAUAUAAGGAAGCAUUGACCUUGCUGAAGGACAUGCAGAGGAGAUACAAAAUGACCCAUCAGAAAACAUUUGCACAAGCAGCACAGCUUGACACUUGAGAAUACUGAUUCAUUUAGUUUACCUGUGCAGUGUGUUUUUAGGAAUUGCGAUGUUUACAUGACUUAUUUUAAGACACAGAAAAGAUGGCAAUCUCUGCAUCAUUUGUGUCAGUAUAUCAGUAGCUGAUGUAUUGGGAUUGGGACAUAUUUACUUUUUAUCAUGUUGCUGAAAACCUUCUUAGGGACAUUUUUAUUAUUAAACAUGUAAUGGACUGAACUCGUUUCCAGAAUUGGGCUAUCACUCUCUUUGACCCUGCAUAGGAUAAGUGCUAUACAUGGUUGAAUGGAUUUUUCAUUUUAGGUCUAUACUUGCAUUCUUUUCUGACAACUGUUUUGCCAAAAAACAUUUAAAUAACAGCCUUUAAUAGCCUGCUGGACACUGUUUGUCAUGUCAGCCAUCAACCACAAUAAACUGUCGUUUCUUGUAAACGUUUGUACUGUUUUUUUAAAUAACUAAGCAU